UUAGUUGCAUGAUGACGUUAUGCUUUAAUGUCGUCGUUGUCGUUAAUUAUUGUUCCUCAUUUUAAUCAUUGUUUUUCCAAAAUAUUUAAUCACUUUCACCCUUAAAGUAAAGCAUUAUUACAAUUGAAAUUAGUUUAGUAAAUAGAAAUUUAGGUAAAAAAAAAAAAAUGGCGACAGCGUCAUCGAUUUCAAAUGUGGAAAAUUUAUCGCCACAAAUUAUUCGACGCGUUGCCAAGGAGGUAAAUGAAUUGUCAAAUGAACCUCCAGAAGGUAUACGAGUCAUUAUUAAUGAACAGGAUAUAACUGACAUUCAAGCUGUGAUCGAAGGACCUGCCGGAACUCCAUACGCGGGUGGUUUUUUUAAAGUGAAAUUGGCAUUGGGAAAAGAUUUUCCACAGGGACCACCGAAGGCCUUUUUUCUUACGAAAAUUUUCCAUCCAAAUGUUGCGAAAAAUGGUGAAAUUUGCGUAAAUACUUUAAAAAAAGAUUGGAAAUCUGAUCUCGGAAUAAAACACAUUCUAUUGACCGUAAAGUGUCUGCUAAUUGUUCCAAAUGCCGAAUCUGCGCUUAAUGAGGAAGCAGGUAAAUUACUAUUGGAAAGGUACGAUGAUUAUUCGGAUAGAGCGAAAAUGAUGACAGAAGUUCACGCACAAGCAAUUAGAAAAGGAAAAAUCGGUCUCGAAAAUGGAUCACAAUUCCUCGAUGCUGGCGGUCCACUUCCCAAAAAGCACGCUGGCGAUAAAAAAUUAACCGCAGAGAAGAAAAAAAUGCUCAAGGACAAAAGAAGAACAUUAAAAAGAUUAUAAAAAAAAAAAAAA